CUCGGUCGCAUGUUUAUGACGUUUCGCAUCUGCCACCAACUGGACGCUGGUUUUUGCUUCCCGGAGCUCGGCCAACAGGCUAUAAAUGUACCUGCGAUAAGAAAUAAAAGCAGGAGGAUGAAGUUGGAAGGUGCCUGGACGCUGCUGCUUCUUGCCGUCUCUGCGUGGUCAGUACCGAUUGAUCGCAAAGAGGUCCACCAGGAUGUCAAAGAUGAAGAACAAGUAGAGAGCAUGGACACGGGUCUGUACUAUGACCGAUACCUCCGAGAGGUGAUUGAGGUCUUGGAGACGGACCCUCACUUCCGGGAGAAGCUGCAAACAGCUAACACGGAGGACAUCAAGAACGGCCGCUUGAGCAAAGAGUUGGACUUGGUCAGCCAUAACGUCAGGACGCGUCUGGACGAGCUGAAGCGCCAGGAGGUGUCGCGGCUCAGAAUGCUGCUCAAGGCCAAGCUAGACAGUACCAACACGCAGAGUCUGCAGAUGGACCACAGCUCCCUGCUCAAGCAGUUUGAACAUCUGGACCCGCACAACCAGAAUGCCUUUGAGGCCAAAGACCUGGAGCUGCUCAUCUCCACGGCCACCAAAGACCUGGAGAACUACGACGCAGAGCGGCACGAGGAGUUCAAGCGCUACGAGAUGCUGAAGGAGCACGAGAGGCGCGAGUACCUGAAGGGUCUGGACCAGGAGAAGCGGGAGAAGGAGGAGCAGCGCUUGCGGGAGCUGAAGGACAAACAUCGACAGCACCCCAAAGUCAACGCUCCUGGCAGCGUAGCUCAGCUGAGGGAAGUUUGGGAGGAGACUGACAGACUGGACCCCAAAGAGUUCAACCCCAAGACCUUCUUCAAGCUGCACGACACAAACGAGGACGGCGUACUAGACGAGCAGGAGCUGGAGGCGCUUUUCACUAAAGAGCUGGAAAAAGUGUACGACCCCAAGAACGAGGAGGACGACAUGAUGGAGAUGGAGGAGGAGCGGCUGAGGAUGAGGGAGCACGUCAUGAAGAACGUGGACACCAACAAAGAUCGACUGGUCAGCCUGGCCGAGUUCCUCAAGUCAACUGAGAAGAAAGACUUCAACUCCCCCAAAGAAUGGGAGACUCUGGAUGCCAAGCCGGCGUACACGGAGGAGGAACUGCAGCGCUUUGAGGCAGAGCUCCGUGACAAGGAGGAGGAGCUAAAGAGGAGGGCAGACAUGCUACAGCAGGAGCAAGAGCUGCUGAAGGAGCGAGGAAAAGCCCUGGAGGCCCAGAGGAGGGAGUACCAGCAGGCCGUACUGGAGAUGUCACAAAGGCACAAGGAGCAACCGGGGGUUGACGGACAGCCGCCGGCCAGCCCUCGGGGAGAACUUCAGUUCCAGCCUCCGCAACAUGAAGAUCAAGCAGGAAAAGUUGCUGUCGUGGAAAACCUUGAAGAUGCCCUAGUGCGGAAUAAUCUGCCUGCCGAACCGCCGCAGAACCUGCCCGCACACACUUGAACAGCACGCACGCACACACACACACACACACACACACACACACACACACACACGCACGCACGCACGCACACACACACACACACACACACACACACACACACACACACACACUCACUCUUUGACUUGCACUGACAUACAUCAGGGGUUGCACAGACAAGUCGAAGUGACUUCUCCACGAUGACGUUUUGAGCGUGUCGUCGACGAAUCACGUGUGUUUGGCUUGAGGAGGCGUGGAUUUGCUCGCUGCAACAGGUGAGUGCAUUGUGUCUGAUGUCACUUGUGCAGAGUGCCCCAAAAGUUACUGUCCACUUUUAUUUCGAUUGAGGCAUUACUUUUUGUAAACUUAUCCCCUCACUAAUUAACCUGAGCCGGAUCCUCUUUUCAGAAACUUGACAUGAUGAAAAUAGAUUAUUACAAAGUGUUCCCAUCUCCUGGCUUUAAAAAAAUAAUAACACUGUACAGAACCUAUCAACAGCAUCUGCGACUUUCGACUCGACUUUUAUCAUGUUAGUGUCGACAGUCGUGCAACCCCUGCAACAUGAAGUAUUGAACUGAAACUAUCGUUAAGUGUUCUUUUGCUGUGGUGAGAUUCAAAACUGUUUUAUUCUUGGUUCCUGUGAUAUCAAAUAAACUCGUAAUUUAUGUCCAGAA